AUGCCGAGCAAACAAUUAGUGUACAACUGGUAUGUGGCCCUUGUGGCAGCCGGCUGUAUGAUCCUCAUGGGUUAUGAUGCCUCGGUCUUCAACUCAGUUCAGGUGUCGCCGAACUGGAAAGAUCAUUUCAACACCCCAAGUGCGCACAUGAUUGGGCUUAUCAACACCACCUACACUGUUGGCGGCAUCGUAACUGGAUGGUUCUUUGCCGGGCCAAUUGCUGACUAUCUCGGACGUCGCUGGGGCAUGGCAAUCGGAUGCAUUAUUACGAUUGUGGCCACCCUGAUACAGACCUUCACUCCCUGGCAUCAAAUUGGAGUUUUCAUAUUCGGCAGGAUCCUAAUCGGGAUUGGGCAGGCCCUUGCAAUCACAUCUGGCCCCAUUUAUAUCGGUGAGAUUACAGAGCCUGAGAUUCGUGGAAAGGUCAUGAGCUUCUGGCAAAUGUUCUACUCAGUUGGCUCAUUUGUGGCAUACUGGAUUAACUAUGGAGCUGCACGACGGCGUGAUACCCUGGGUGACUGGGAUUGGAAGAUGGUUGUGAUCUUCCAGAUGAUGAUGCCUAUCAUCAUCACCGUACAACUUCCCUUUAUUCCGGAAUCUCCGAGAUGGCUUAUUAGCCGACGGAAUGACGUCGAAGGCGCCCGAAAUGCACUACUCAAAGUUCGCGCAGAUAGUCGGAAGGUCGACGAAGAAUUGUUGACGAUCCGUGAGGCAAUUGAGUAUGAAAAGGAAGCGCAAUCUGAGGGCUGGAGGGCCUAUCUAUCUUUAUUCAAAGACCCCAGCAUCCGGAAACGACUCUACAUCACCUUCUUUAUUAAUGUCGGCCAACAGCUGAGUGGGCAAGGCACUCUGAACAGUUACUCCUCAACGAUCUACGCCAAGGUAUACAAAGAUUUCAACACCAUCAACCUCAUCAAUGCUCUCAACGCUACAUUUGGCAUCUUAUUUACCCUGAAUGCCGUAUGGACUGUCGAUAGAUAUGGCCGAAGAUUCUUGUUCCUAGUGGGAGCUUGUGGAAUGGCCGUGUGCACCAUGAUAAUCCCCAUCAUUGGCCUAACGACUCCCGGAACGAACGACAAGAGCAGGCCAGUCGGAAUUGGUAUCACUUUCAUGGCUUUCCUCUUCGCCUUCUUCUACAAACCCACCUGGGGUGCAACGACCUGGACGUAUACGAGCGAGGUUUUCCCCCUGAACGUCCGAGGACCAGCUGUCGGAAUGAGCGUCCAAAUGCAAGGCGUAGCCAAUACAAUAUUCCAGCAAUUCUUCCCUAUUUUCUAUCAAAACGAGGGAUUAAAAACAUUCUUUUUCUUCAUGAGCAUGAAUGUGUGCCUUGCUUGCAUCGUCUACUUUAUUCUGCCGGAAACCAAAAAGGUCCCUCUGGAAGAAAUGGAUACCCUGUUCGGAGGAGUAAACCAUGUCGAGAAGGGUGCAGCUAUCAUCCAUGAGGGUGAUGUGACGAGAGAGACUGGCGGGACAGCACAAGGCAAAAAUACGCCACCAAACGGCGAGAUCGAAUUGGUGAAGACGAAUGAGAGAAGAGCAUAG